AUGUCUGAGACUUAUCAAGGAAAAAUAUUCGAUGUGCAGGCCCAUGCGGUCAUGCCUUCUGACUAUCAUAAUGUGGCCAAGGCUAUCGAAAGAAAUACGAGUCUGACUCAACAUACUACGCAAGUUAUCGUCGAUGAUAUUUGCAGCAAGUUGGCGGACAACCUGGAUGGAGAAGCUCGCCGAGCAGCCCUUGGCAGCGACAAUAUCCAGGUGGUGACUAUCAACACAUUCUUCCCUCCGCUGCCACCCGAAAGAACUAUUGAAAUAGUUGAUAGACUUAAUAUUUGGAUGGCAGAGAGGACAAUUAAAAACCCUCAACUGAUUGGGAUCGCCUCAAUUCCACCACCUCCAGCAUUGGCGAGCGCAGGCACGUCUGUUGCCUCCAAGGGAAUUGAGGCCGUGCGCCGGGCGAUUAAUGAUUUGGGCUUAAAGGGGCUUAUGAUGGCUUCCAACUAUGAUAAUGUGUUCUUGGGAGACCGGGCAUUCGACCCCUACUUCGCGUUAGCAGAGGAGCUUAAAGUGCCGGUAAUCAUCCAUCCGGCUAUUGAUCCUGUGGAAGGACAGUACGUCCGUCGCAAGAAUAUUCCCACCUAUACGGGGUACCUGAACGACCAGAGAACAACGCUAUUCGACUUGAUACUUUCAGGAGUUUACGAAAAGUUCCCAGAUAUUAAAAUCAUAGCAACCCACCUUGGAGGCGGUAUUCUCACCUCGCUUGGCCGAUUCAGAGCACUCUCGAAUCGCUUCCCCACGGAUGCAUGGUACACCGACAGAGAAGGGUUCACUUUGGCUCUGCCGCACCCGGCCGAGUAUUAUGUGAAAAAGAUUUAUUACGACUGCAACAAUGCAGACGCUCGAGAUGUACUGCAUGCGAUUUCGGUUGUUGGACACAGUCAUCUUUUGACGGGAUCUGACUUUCCUUGGACAGACGAUACAUUCACUCGCCAAGUUCUCGGCCAAUUAGACCCAUCUCAUUGUGGACCAAUCGCGUAUGAAAAUGCAGAAAUUUUAUUCAAUGUGCAAUAA